UUCAAUUCGGGCAACGCGCGCGUGAAAUUCACAUUUGACAGGCAAAUAAACCUCGCGCGAUACAUUUGGUGAUAUUUUUUUUGCAAUUUUUCUGCCAUCUAUUAGUAAAUAUAUUACUUUUCACGCCUCUGACUGUGUAUUUUUGUUCUGUACAAACUAAUGUCGGCAUAUUGUCCGCCCGUCGAGCGUAAAAAUAAAAUAAAAUAUACGUGUGUGAAUAAAUUGAGAAAAUUGAUUGCACGAUCCCUCGGAACCCCUGAAUAGUUUUUAAACUUUUCAAGUGAAAGAAGAAUUUUGUGAAAAGAAAUCUAAAGCGUUUGUGAAAAUUCCAGACAAAGCAUAAGGAGCAGAAUCAGAAGCCGGAGCAGCUGAAGGCACUUCGAAGCAGCGGCAACAUGAAGCAGCAGCCAAACUUUGGCUCAAUUAUGCGCGCAAUCAAAGCAACUUAAUUACCCCAGAGUUCGCCGGCGAACACAGAGCCACUGCAAUACACAGCCGACCGCAAUCAACCCGAGGAGGAGUCUAAUAGACAGCUGCGACUAUGCAAAUUAGUGAAACCAAUUCGGAGAGACAAAUUGGUAAACAAAAUGGCACUGAAGGCGAAUCACUCGAUUUGAUUGAAGUGCCAGCCGUUCCGAGUGGAAGAGGAGUCCGCAUAAACAGUGUCCAAAUUAGCAGACCCAUCCCAAUGCUCCUCCUGCUGGUCAUCCUAGUUGGCCUUAUUCUUGGCCCCAGGGAUUCCGUGGCCAAUUGCCGUGAGGAACCGGCUCGAGAUUGCGAGGCCAUUUGCGAUGCGAGUGGCCGGAACUGCACGAUCCGGGCCUUGGUCCUCCUGCCCGACGACAACAUGUACCAGGCCUCACUGCCGCGCGUCCUGCCCAUCCUCAAGGUGGCCGAGCAGCAGAUCCGAUCGAAGGCUCUGAUACCACCACACAUCGACUUCGAGUGGCUGGCCCACGACACCAAGUGCGACGCCUCGCUGGGCGUCAUUAAGGCCAUGGACGGCAUCAUCAAGCAGUGCGCCCAGGUGAUCUUCGGACCCGUCUGCGAUUACUCCCUGGCCGCUGUCAGCCGCAUCACCAAGUACUUCAAUAGCCAGGGCACUCCUCUCAUCUCUGUUGGUGGCUCAACCUACGACUUUGAGCAGAAAAAAACGGACUGCAACGACGAGUUCUACAUGCUGUUGCGCACGGGAAUGCUCAGUUUCGAGACCAUUUCCGAGCUGACCAUAAACGUCAUGAAGCGACACAAUUGGUCGCAUUCAAUCUUCUACUACGAACGAGAUGGCCAGCGAAGUGUGGCGGGAAUGCACACCUGCUUCCUCAUGAUGAAAUCCCUGGGCAAACAAAUGCGUAACGAGAACAUGACAUUCGCCCAGUUUCCACUUGAGCCUAACUUGACAAAUCGCACGGAGGAAAUGCGCCGAGAAAUUGGCAAUAAACAUGCAAGUGAGUAG